AUGCAGAAGAGUCCAAAUAAAAUUUCUUUAUUCCUUACCUUUUCAUUCUUGGUUGUUCAUUCUUGGUUGGUUGUUCACUUCACUAAAAGGAGAAGAGUCCAAAUAAAAAUUCAUUCUUUAUUCCUUACCAUUCCUCUUUGUUGUUCAUUCUUUCUUUGGUUGUCCACUUCACUGAUGCAGAAGAGUCCAAAUAAAAUUUCUUUAUUCCUUACCUUUCAUUCUUUAAGAGUCCAAAUAAAAUUCUUCUGGUUGUUCAUUCUUUAUUCAUUCUUUGUUGUUCAUUCCACUGAUGCAGAAGGUCCAAAUAAAUUUAUUUAUUCAUUACCAUUCAUUCUUGGUUGUUCAUUCUUGGUUGUUUGUUCACUUCACUGCAGAAGAGUCCAAAUAAAAUUUCUUUUCCUUACCAUUCAUUCUUUGUUGUUCAUUCUUGGUUGGUUGUCCACUUCACUGAUGCAGAAGAGUCCAAAUAAAAUUUCUUUAUUCCUUACCAUUCAUUCUUGGUUGUUCAUUCUUGGUUGGUUGUCCACUUCACUGAUGCAGAAGAGUCCAAAUAAAAUUUUUAUUCCUUACCAUUCAUUCUUGGUUGUUCAUUCUUGGUUGUUGUCCACUUCACUGAUGCAGAAGGUCCAAAUAAAAUUCCUUUAUUCCUUACCAUUCAUUCUUGGUUGUUCAUUCUUGAGUCCAAAUAAAAUUUCUUUAUUCCUUACCAUUCAUUCUUGUUUUUCUUGGUUGGUUGUUCUCUUCACUGAUCCAGAUGUCCAAAUAAAAUUUAUUUAUUCCUUACCUUUCAUUCUUGGUUGUUCAUUCUUGGUUGGUUUUUCCACUUCACUGAUGCAGAGUCCAAAUAAAAUUUCUUUUAUUCCUUACCAUUCUCUUGGUUUGUUCAUUCUUGGUUUGAAGAGUCCAAAUAAAAUUUCUUUAUUCCUUACCACCUUGGUUUUCAUUCUUGGUUGUUCAUUCUGGUUGGUUGUCCACCAUUCACUGAUCCAGAAGAGUCCAAAUAAAAUUUCUUUAUUCCUUACCAUUCAUUCUUGGUUGUUCAUUCUUUGGUUGGUUGUCCACUUCACUGAUGCAGAAGAGUCCAAAUAA